UGACCAAAACGGGGGAGUUUGUUUCACUAAUCACGGCGCGGUUUUAGAGGCCCCAACACACACACGCACACCGCGCACGCCGCAGCUAGGCGCUAAUCUAAUCCGACGUAGGUUUCGCGGCGAAGCGCUGGAUUCCACGGUGUUCGUCUCGCCACCUUCCGAUUCCGAAACGAUUUAAUCCUUCCCCCCAGCUCGACACUGACAAAGAAGAACAAGCAGGCUCGCGUCGCCGCCGCCAUUGCCGUACCUUGUUCUUCGGCUCCGCCACGAUCCGCUCCUUCCGGCGAUCUGCGGUGGCGGGGCGGCGAUGUCAGAUGACAAAUGAUCGAUUCGAUGAUGCGCUGUGCCGUUUGCUAAUGCUGCUGCUGCGGCGUCGUUCUUGGCGGAAUUGAUCUCGUUUGUUCUUCGGCGUCGUUUCGGUGUUGUUAGUUGUUGCCCUAAUCGAUCGUCGAGAAUUAUUUGGGCAAGCUUUGUGAUGGCGAUUACCAAGGUUCUUGGAUCCAAACCUGCCGACUGCUUCCAAUUUCGGGACCCUAAUUCCUGGACUUGCAUGACUGAGCUUGUAAGCGAUGUGGUCGUUGAGGUUGGAGACUUCUCCUUCCAUCUUCACAAGUUUCCGUUGAUGAGCCGAAGUGGCACGCUGCAAAAGCUGAUAAGCGAAGCAGCCACGGACGACGGCGAGCCGUGCAGCGUCGAGCUGCACGGCAUUCCCGGCGGCGCGGCGGCGUUCGAGCUGGCGGCGAGGUUCUGCUACGACGUCAGUGCGGAGCUUAACGCCGGGAACGUGGUCUCGCUGCGGUGCGCGGCGGAGCACCUCGGCAUGACCGAGGACCACGGCGGCGGCGGAGAGGGCAACCUCGUCGAGCAGACGGAGGCGUUCCUCCGCGACGUGCUCGGCAGCUGGGACGACGCCGUGCGCGCGCUGCGGUCGUGCGACGGCGCCGGCGUGCUCCCGCUCGCCGAGGAGCUCCUCGUCGUACCGCGCUGCAUCGACGCACUGGCGAGCAAGGCCUGCGCCGACCCGACCCUCUUCGGCUGGCCGAUGGUGGAGUACUACACGGCUAAGGGCCUCGAGGAGACGGUGAUAUGGAACGGCAUCACCACCGCCGGCAAGCCGAGGACCCCCGGCGCGGACUGGUGGUACAAGCAGGCGUCGUCGCUGAAGCUGCCGGUGUACAAGCGGCUCAUCACUGCGAUGAGGUCCAAGGGCAUGAGCCCCGAGAACAUCGCCGGCUCGCUGACGCACUACGCCAAGCGCCACCUCUCCGGGCUGAGCCGCCACUCCGGUGGCGGCGGCGGCGUGUCAGGGACCGUGCUCUCGGACGUGGAACAGAGGGUGCUCCUGGAGGAGAUCGUUGCGAUGCUCCCCGUCGAGAGGGGCGUCGCCACGACGAGGUUCCUGCUCGGACUACUCCGCACCGCCAUGAUCCUGCACGCUGGCGCGGCGUGCCGGGACGCGCUGGAGAAGAGGGCCGGCAACCAGCUCGAGGAGGCGGCGCUGGAGGAUCUCCUGAUCCCCAACACCGGCUACUCCGUCGAGACGCUCUACGACGUGGACUGCGUGCAGCGGAUGCUGGAGCAGUUCGUCGCCGCGAACACGUCGGCGUUCGCGACCUCGCCGGAGAUCACGGACGAAGGCCAGAUGGUGGACGCGCCCUCCACCGGAGAGCUCAUGCCGAUCAGCACGGUGGCCAAGCUCGUCGACGGCUACCUCGCGGAGGUCGCGACGGACACCAACCUCAAGCUCUCCAAGUUCCAGGGCAUCGCCGAGUUCGUCCCGGACUACGCCAGGGCCAUCGACGACGGCAUCUACCGCGCCAUUGACAUCUACCUCAAGGCGCACCCAUGGCUGACGGCGUCGGAGAGGGAGCAGCUGUGCCGGCUGAUGAACUGCCAGAAGCUGUCGCUGGAGGCGUGCACGCACGCGGCGCAGAACGAGCGGCUUCCGCUGCGGGUGGUGGUGCAGGUGCUCUUCUUCGAGCAGCUCCGGCUGCGCACCACGGUGGCCGGCUGGUUCUACGUGUCCGACAACGUCGACCAGGGCACCCCCAGCGCCGGCCACUACACGCCGGAGAAGAGCGGCGGGGUGGACUUCGGGGCGGGGCCCGAGGAGGAGGAGGGCGACGACGAGGCCCGGGGCAACGAGCGGUCGUCGUCGGCGAUGAGCGUGGACGACAUCAGGCAGCGGGUGGUCGAGCUCGAGGAGGAGUGCUCGAGCAUGAAGGAGGAGAUCCACCGGCUCGGGAAGCCCAAGGGCGCGUUGAGCAGGCUGUUCCGGAAGCUCGGGCUCGGCGGGAGGCCGGCAGCGAGGCAGCAGCAGCCGCCGCCGCCGCCGCAGCUGACGAGCUCCGGCGACGAGAAACGCAAGUCGAUGUCCUUGGAGCGUUAAGGUUUAUACGUUUCGGUUCGCAUUUGUGUUGCUGUUAGUUUGGCUAAAUUAUCGUUUGUUCAAAUUGUAGAAUUAGAUAAGUUUACCUUGUUGAAACAGGGAGUUAUUAGAACGUACAUAUAUCUAUUGUCAAAAUUCAGUUAUUAUUUACCAGUAUGAAUUUAGAUGCAAUCGUGCAAAUGUUUGAUGGGGUGCUUGUCAAGAGAAGAGACUGCAGGUACUAUGCUUGAGGAUGAUGAAUGAAUACAGGUCUCUAUGUACAUUUCAUGUUCUAUUUUCUAACAGUAUUCAAUAAAAUGAUAGAUGAUAAUAU